CGAAAACCUCAACUCGUCUGCUCAGAUCAAAUUACUUGAAUUAUCAAGAAACAUGUCGAAGGCGUUCAGAGCAAUGUUCGUAGUUUUUCUGGUUGCCGCCGCCAUGACUGCCCUCACCGAGGCGUCGGGUUGGGGAAGGGAACCACCCUGUGACGAGGUGUGCCCAAGAAUCAAGCGUGAACGUGACGAGUGCUGCCGCGCGCACGGGCACGCCGUGGCUUCGUGGUGCUACUACGGCCAAAUGUACUGCUACGAUUACUAACAUUCAUCCAAAACUUACAAAUAGCUGUACGUAAGUUAAGCGCUGGCCGAUAUUGCGCAGAAAUCAAGUAUCCUAG